CAGAGCGUCGCCUCUGCCGGCACGGUGCGCCCCCUAGCGAGGAGGGCCGACGCCCGCGCCGUGAGCCGAGGGGGAAGCGACGACGAGAAGGCGGUGUGGCGGCUAGAGCGUCUCACCGCCGCCCACCCGCUUCCGCACCGCUUCCGCACCGCUCCCGGCAUGCUUUGCGGCCGGCGGCCGUUCCCAUGGCAGCUCGCUGCUGGUUGGCGAACGGAACCGCCCGUCGGCGAGCGACGCUCGCUAUUGGUUGAAGCGGAAGGGGGGGCGGGCCGGCAGGCAGACGAGGGAAUGGAGGGCGGCGAGGCGGGCGGCGGGGGUCUGCUGCAGCAGAUCCUCAGCCUCCGCCUGGUGCCCCGCGUCGGUAACGGCACCACCUACUCCAGCCCGCUGUCCACCUUCCCAGAGAUGUGGUACGGCGUGUUCCUGUGGGCCCUCGUCUCCUCGCUCUCAUUCCACGUCCCCGCCGCCCUGCUCGCUCUCUUCACCCUCCGGCACCACAAGUACGGCAGGUUCAUGUCUGUCAGCCUCCUGCUGAUGGGCAUCGUGGGACCCAUCACCGCCGGCAUCCUGACAAGUGCAGCUAUUGCUGGAGUUUACAGAGCCGCUGGGAAAAAAAUGAUUCCUUUUGAAGCCCUCAUUUUUGGAGUGGGUCAGACGUUCUGUGUGGUGGUGGUUUCGUUCCUGCGGAUUUUGGCCACUCUCUAGCUUUCCUUCAGAUGCUGGUGAUUGAAAAUGGAAGCAAAGCAUCUCCAGCAUGCCUGGUGUCUGUGAAGCAGUAAUGAGGGAGCACAACUUGGAUGGCACCUUGGUGUGCAUUUCCUCCCCACUACAAAGCUGCAUGAAGGCUGCUUCUGCCUCAGGCCGGUGGCAGGGCUCCCUGACUGUGAUAAGCAGGAGCCUGUCCUGAAGGGCUGCGUGCCACAGACAUGAUGGAGAACAUGCUUUCUGUAACUUAUCUUGCUCAUAUAGCAACCAUAACAUCCAGGUUCGUUCUCCUCCAGCACUGCUGAAGCUGUGUCACCAGCCCUAAGUGAGCGCUGGCGGCCAGGCUCUGGUGCUGGCUGCUUGCUGGCUACAGCACGCCACUAAAUGGGGUUGCAGUCUGCUUCAGAAAUUGAGAUGAAAAUCAUUCAUUUCGUUACGUUUUUGUAACGCUAAGUGCCAAGUGAAACUUUGUUUUCCUGGAGGAUAGGAAGAGGGCUCUGGCAGAGACUUGCUGACCUCUUGUGGGUGACAAAUUGUAGCAACAGAGUGACUGAACUGCUGGGGUGAGAACAUGGCUGCAGGUGGUGUAAUGUGUUCAGAGCUCACUUAAGUCUUUGACUUCUUCCCACUUUGCAGUGAACCCAAAGCUCUUUUAAUGUGAUUCUUUUUUUUUUCUUUUAAUGAGAAUCUUCCUUUAUUGUUUUCUUUUCUGGCCCCAUCUUCUUUAUGCUGGGUCAUGGUCAUAGUGAGACUGGGGAGCAGCAAAAGAAAAAAAAAAAAAAAACAUUUUAAAUGGAUGAAAGUGCAAAAUUGUGGCUGAGAGCUGUGAUUAUGAGUGCUGAGGCAUGGGAAAUCAUCAGUGUAAAAAUGAUUGUAGUCUUUAUGAAUUUCAUUGCAGUGAAACUUCUGAAGCUAUACCUCCUGCACAGGAGCUGCAUCCUGCUGCUCACGCAGAACUCUGAGUGCAUGAAUGUGUGCAUUUGCUUCGAAGGAGACCUGUGGUGUUGAACUCCUCGCUCUCCUUUCACUUGUUGAACGUAGGUCUGUGACUGAGCAUCUUUGCAGGUACACAGACACCACAGCUGGCAUGUGUAGAACUCAGCACUCUGCCUUGGUGACCCUGUGGGUGAGAACUGGUGGCUUUUUGGGGCAUAGAGGCAAUGUGUUGUGUUUUAAACACCCAGCCCAUGGCACCUGAGAGAUUCCCAGCUGUCAGCACUAAGCUGUGCAAAAAUAACCCCAGGCCAACUCCUUCUGGCCAUGCUACAGUUUCUCCUAAUGCGUUGGUUUGGUUUAAAUGAUAUUUAACUAAUUCUGAGCUCUGCCCUGUCUUCCAGAGGUGUGCUGUGCGGUCAGGGCUUUGGGCUGGAUGUUGGGGCCCACAGAGAAGCUGGCACUGAAUGCUGAGGAUUUUGCUGGGUGGCACAGCACGUCUAUUGGCAGCUGACAGUCCUCUGGAGGAAGGCACCAUCUGUGUCAACCUCCAGGCCAUGCUUCCCAUCUGUGCGGUGACAGAAAUCCUUUGCUUUUCAGAUCAGCUUACCUUUUGUAGCAAAUUUUUGUAAGGCCACAAACACAAUGGCCCCUGUGCUGAAACAGCCCCAGUCAAGGUCCUGUGCUGAUCACGAAAGCAAUUCUCUCACUUUGCUAAGAUGUCUCAUGAAUGGUCCUUUGCCAGCAGAUGGAGAGAGUUGUUUUUAAGGAGUUUUUAAUGAAAUUGCUCUAAAAUGCAGCCCAUUUUAAUCCAGGGAAUAAAACUUAGUUUUAUUUUAGUUUAGUUUGAGUUUUAGUUUAAUGUGAAUCCUUUUCCUUAGGUGGGCAAGGUUCAAAUUGUUAGUAAAUGCCACUUUAAGACUGCCUGAUGGGUGCUGAGCACGAGGCCUUCUGUGUGCCCUGUGCUUGUGGAGGACCAGCCUAGGAGAA